AUGUUCUCUUACAAGAUCGUCGCUGUGCUCGCCACCAUCGCCGCGGUCUGUGUUGGUGUCCAAGCUGAAGCGCUUGAGGCUCGCGCAUCCUCCAAGUGCCAAGCCAGUACAAUCACCAUAACCUCCACCCGCCCCGUUACCACCACCAAGACGGUGGCCGCCACCAUGACCGUCCCCGCGAACGCUAAGCGCGCGGACGCUACUCCGAAGACGGUCACCUCGACCUCCACAAGCACCAAGGUCGUCACCACCACUGCGACCCGCACCUCGACCGUGAAGGCAACCGCAACUGUCACCAGCACGGCGACCUUCACUACCACCUCAACGACCACCAGCACCGCGCUCGCCACCACGACCGUGCGCACGACCACCAACCCCGUUGUGACCAGCACGGUUACGAGCACCAAGUUCGCGUCUACCACCGACACUGUCCCCGUCACUAAGACGAGCUCCACGACCACCACCACUACAGUGACCGACAAUGUGCCCACUGUAACAGUCGCACAGUAG